AGUUCUGUGUUUCCUGUAGUGCUUGCUGGUCAACGAUACCCGUACUGCCCAGCAUAAUGUCCGAUACAGACGAACCGGCUUCGAAAUUUAUUGACCAGUACAAAAACUAUGGACGAACUGACGCCAUCCUGCAGGAGGAACGACGACAACGUUUGCUCGACAAACAGAAGCGAUCCCGCGAGCUGGAACUGGAUGCCGGGCGGGUCGGUUUGCUCGAAGAGCUCGAAACGGAACAGCAUGCAUGCGAAUCGAUGGAAUGCCAACAGAACCAAACGAAACGUCCGCAAAAAAGCAAAACCCGCAUCAUCACAUCGAAGCUGUUCGCGAACAAGGUGCAACAGUCCGAAUGGAUGCACGAGCGGCCGGAUGAUCUUGAGCAGUGGCUCGUCCGGCCCUGUCCCGUAGGGCAACGGUGUUUGUUAGUGUUUCGCCAAAGGCUAGCGAUCGCGUUCAAUAAACGAGGCCGUUCGAUUGCUUCCAUCCGUACGAAACGGCCGCUGCGUGAUGCGAUCGUGCUCGAUUGCAUCCUGGCGAAAGAUCGCACAUUUUACAUACUUGACGCACUCGUGCUCGCACAGAUAGAUCUAGUUAGCUGUGAUUGUCAGUUUCGGUUCUCGUGGAUCGAGUCUAAAUUUCACGACCACAGUCUUGGCGAACUCUUCGAUACGGAAACGGCCAACGGGAAGGAAGGUUUCCGGUUAAGUUUACUACCUUUAUACGAUCUAGCUCAACAUGGCGCGAUGGAAGCUUGUUGGUCGCACUAUCCUGCCUUUCCUGGUACCUCAUCGAAGCUGGAUGGGUAUUUGUUUUACCACAAAGAGUCCCACUACGUGUACGGGAAAACACCGCUAGUUGUGUGGUUGUUUGCGUUCAUGCUGAACGAUGUGCUGAAACUUCCGGCGGGACUCGUAAAUGAUCAGUAUCUGUCCGAUAAACCGGCUCGUUAUACCGGCAACUAUGCGGAGUACAUCGCCGAAUUCGAUCGUAUGCAGGCGAAACGAAAGCGUAAACCACGCGUGAAGAAACCGGCCCAAACGAUGGACACGACGGGUGAAUCGGUGGACGAUCAAACCGAUGCAACACUGUGGGAAGCCAUGGAAGCAGCUCCACUCGAUUCGGAUGAUGACGAUCUGCGUCCGAAGGAAGAAGAUGCCAUGCACCAACUCGAAAUGGAAUAAAUUUAAGAGAGCGACAGAGAUAUUCAUAUUGCAAGCCCAGAAUCCUAAUAUAAAUAAUGAACCAGAUGUGAUUAAAACGAAACACUUGAAUUUUAUUUAUUAAACUCGUCGUUAUAGACAUUUUGUUAACGCAUUCGGUUGCGUUGUCUUCCCAUAAUCGUCACUACUGAGGCGAAAAAUGUAAAAAUGAAAGUUAAUGUAUUAUAAUUAAAUAUGAAUACACGCUAAA